AUGAGAGGUAAUAUUGAAUAUGAACUCCAACAGAUUGAAAAGCAAAAAGAAAUUGAAUAUAAACCAGUGUAUGAUUCAACAUCAUUUAAAAUUCCUGAAGAGCAUCAAGAUAAAAUAAAAGAAUGGCUAGAGUAUGAUUUUCGCAUGCGUAUUGAAGGAAAUAUUACUCGAUCAAGAUGCUUAUUCUUGAUUGGACCAACUCAACAUAGUAUUUAA